GUUAUGGCCAACGUCAACGAGAUUGAGCUCAAUGAACUGUCCUCACGUCGAGUUGUUGCUCCUGCAUCGGUCACUGUCGAAGACCCGGUUGAGGAACGGGUCAUAGCAGCGAGGGACAGUGCUAUAUCAGUCUGGGCAUUGGCCGGUGCAGUCGCGUUCGCCUCAGCGGCCGCGACUCUCAUCCUUUUUCCUCGGUUUCUACUGUUCGCUGCGGAAACGUCCGCGGAUGUUCGGAAUGUCCUUACACCUCUCGAAGCUUUCCUAGCUUUACACUCGGGGAUUUUUCUACUAGCUCUGAGCUUAGCACUGAUACUCAACAUCCCGUCUUCGUCACCGAUCCUCCCGAGACAAGACCCGACAGAGCCGCAGCACCCUUUGCUUGUCCCCCUGACCGUCGGGUGCGCCUUGAGCUCAUGGGCUUCAUACUACGCGAAGGACGUCGGUCCUUUGGCCCUUGUCGUAUGCAUUACGACUUCUACAUUGUGUCUAUGGGGUCUGUGGGUGAUGGCCUUCGCUGGAACGUCGCGCUUCUCUCGCAAAACAGGGGCAGACAAACAUACAUCGCGUUUCCUCUUUGGCAACAAGGCAGCUGCAUCAACCCAGAAAAAAGAAUGGAAGAGAGAACAACGGAAGCUGCACUAGUCCCGGGACGUCCCUUCCCUGUAAAUUAGC